GGCCCCGUGCAGUUAGAAGAGGUUUUUUGGGAUCAGUGAGGAUCCCAGGAGGUUUCCUGGGAUGGGUGAGGACCCUGGCGGGUUGGAAAGGGGUUUCCAAGACCCUGGCAGGUCGAGCAGAGGUGUUUUGGGAUCCUGAUGGAUUGGGAAGAGUCGAGUGGAGUCUCCCCAGGGCUGUUUUUGGGGCCAGGAGGGAAAAUCCCACCCUUGGCUCUGCUUUUCCCCCCUCAGGGAUCUGUGGCUCCUGUGCUAUGAACAUCGCUGGGGGCAACACCCUGGCCUGCAUCAAAAAAAUCGACAGUGACCUCAACAAAGUCACCAAAAUCUACCCCCUGCCCCACAUGUACGUGGUGAAGGACCUGGUUCCGGACCUGAGUAACUUCUACGCUCAGUACAAAUCCAUCGAGCCCUACCUGAAGAAGAAGGACGAGUCCAAGGAGGGCAAGCAGCAGUACCUGCAGUCCAUCGAGGACCGCCAGAAGCUGGCGUACCGCUGGAUGAUCGACUCGCGCGAUGACUUCACGGAGGAGCGGCUGGCGCAGCUGCAGGACCCCUUCUCCCUGUACCGCUGCCACACCAUCAUGAACUGCACCCGCACCUGCCCCAAGGUACUGCCACUGCCCCGGGGCACAGGGCACACUGACACUGCCCUGGGGCACAGGGCACACUGCC